AUGGACGGUGUGAGCAAACAUUUCUUCUACCGUCCCUCCAAUGCGUACAUCAAGGGAUCGAGGAAGCGUCGGAUGAUACAGAGUGAGUGCCUGGAAGGAACUACGUGGCACAAGACUGGCAGAAGUUUGGGGAUUAAGGUCAACGGCCGGUACGCAGGCUGGAAGAAGGUGUUGGUGCUUCAUACCAGGUACGGCGACACCAGGUACAACACCAACUGGGUCAUGCACCAAUACCACCUCGGAGAGCAACCCGAAGAGAAGACGGGAGUGCUGGACGCCUGCAAGAUCUUCUACAAGACGGAGAAAAGGACAAAGUCAAGGACAGUGCGUUAG